UAUAUGGAGAAUAACACAGAAGUGACAGCAUUCAUCCUGCUAGGACUCUCUGAUACCCCCGAACUCCAGGUUCCCCUAUUUAUCAUAUUCACUCUCAUUUAUCUCAUCAGUAUGGUAGGAAACCUGGGAAUGAUCGCUUUGAUUCUCAUUGACUCUCAUCUUCACACUCCCAUGUACUUUUUCCUCAGUAACCUGUCUCUGGCGGACUUUUGUUAUUCCACAGCCAUCACUCCUAAGGUCAUGUCUGGAUUGCUUAGAGGCAACAAGCUCAUCUCCUACAAUGCAUGUGCUGCACAGAUGUACUUUUUUGUAGCAUUUGCCACUGGGGAAAAUUAUCUCUUGGCAUCAAUGGCCUAUGACCACUAUGCAGCAGUGUGCAAACCACUGCAUUACACCACCACCAUGAUGCCAGGUGUGUGCGCAUCUCUGGCCCUCAGCUCCCACUUCUGUGGUUUCCUAAAUGCCUCGAUCCACAUCAGGGACACAUUCAGUAUCUCUUUCUGUAAGUCCAAUCUAGUCCAUCACUUUUUCUGUGAUGUUCCAGCUGUCAUGAUUCUCUCUUGCUCCGAUAGACAUGUUAGUGAGAUGGUUCUUGUUUUUGUGGCAAGUUUCAACAUCUUUUUUGCUGUAUUUGUUAUCUUGAUUUCUUAUCUCUUCAUAUAUAUCACCAUCCUGAAGAUGCACUCAGCUAAGGGAUACCAGAAGGCUUUAUCCACCUGUGCUUCUCAUCUCAUUACAGUCUCCAUUUUCUAUGGAACUGUCAUUUUCAUGUAUGUACAGCCCAGUUCUAGCCAUUCCAUGGACACAGACAAAAUUGCAUCCGUGUUCUACACCAUAGUCAUUCCCAUGCUGAACCCCCUGGUCUAUAGCUUAAGAAACAAGGAGGUCAAAAGUGCAUUUAAGAGGGUAGUUGAAAAGGCAAAAUUAUCAUUAGGCUUCACUUCUUAA